AUGUCUGUUUCCAAAGCUUUGAUCUUUGAGGGGGUGGGUUGUGUGGAGGUUCUUGCGGGUUUAGUGGUUAAUACCUUCAUAACGGCCAUCAAUCUCAGAGACUGGUGGACCAGCAGAAAGCUGAAGCCUUAUGAUAAGAUCAUGGCCAACCUUGGAUUUUCCAGAGUCUUUCUUUUGAUCUGCUUCUUCCUCCGGAUUGUCAAUCGGAUCUCCAAGUUGAAUGUCUACUCUAGCCCUGCUCAAAGGUGUGCUUUCCGGACUGCUCAGUUGUUAUUUGAUUUUGCCAGUCUGUGGUUCGCCAUGUGGCUUUGCCUCCUCUACUUUGUGAAGGUUACCAUGUUUAAAAACCACUUCUUUGUCUGGGUGAAACUGAGAAUACCACAGCUGGUACCGCCUGUAGUCAUCAUAACCUAUGUCGCCUCCUUCAUUUUUGGAUUUAUUUAUGCUUUUUCUGUUGGAGAAACUUCAGAUGUCAUGGACGGGGUCAACCUGCCUACAAACAGAAGUGUUUACAAAGAGUUGAGCUACAUGAUACCAUUGUACUUCAUUGGACAUGUUUUGCCUUUCAUAUGUGUCAGUAUCUCGACUUCGUUAUUGAUUCAAACUAUCGGUCAUCACAUAAGACAUGUCAAAGCCAACAUAACGGGUUUCAAGAGACCCAGGUUGGAUGCCCACCUAUCUGCAAUUCGCUCUGCCGUCUUAUUAGAAUUUAUGACCAUCUCUAACCUGCUGGCCACAUUUAUUUUCCAUUUUGACUUCUAUGGGUAUUUUGAAGCCAAUGUUAGUGUUUUGUUCCUGGUUUCCUAUCCAUUGUUUCAUUCGUUGGUAAUUGUCACGGGGAAUGUGAAGCUUAAAAGGGUUCUUUGGGGAAUUGUGGAUUGUGUUAAAGGAAAACUUGCAAUAGAAAGGUGUCUUAUAAGUCAACAUAUAGAAAGCAAAAGAGAGACCAACGCUCAGCAAAAAUAA